UAAAUAAUGGAAACUUACUCGUAUAUAAUGAAACGGCGAGACUUCGGAAAACAGCCCAUGUUCUGUGAACAAGGGCCAGAAUUGUGCGACACCAUUCUGCCUAACCCCGUUGAACAGAAGGCUUUCAUACUGCGGAACCCGGUACACCAGGCCACCCAGAACACUCCGAACUUCUCGCUACAUGAAAUCAGCACAGAGCGAGCUAAAUACAAUACGACGGGAAUCAACCACGCUGAAGGUGGCUGGCCCAAGGAUGUCAAUAUACACGACCCUGAAGCCACGCAACGUUACCGCCGCAAGGUCGAAAAGGAAGAAGAAUAUAUCAAUUGCGUCAAUGCGUGCAGCCCCGGUAUGGAACACUACGCACUGCAAAAUAAUGCAAUCGAUAUGUACCAAAUAUAUUACUCGGACUUGGCUAGUUUGCCGCCCGUAGAGAAGAACAGCAUGCGCACUGUCAACGUGUACCGCGACCCUAUGGGAGGCCGCCCCAUUUCCUCCAUCUGCUGGCAGCCCGAAGGUCAAAUGCGAUUUGCUGUUUCUUACGUGGACAUGAAUUACUACCGUAACCCACAAGGCAGCAUAUUCGGACUUUUAUGGGACGCGGAGACCCCCGCGGAGCCAUUAAUGAAUUUUAUGCCUCCGUCCAUAUUACUGGAUUUACAAUUUAAUCCAAAAGAUAGCACUAUGUUGGCGGGAGGACUAGUUACCGGCCAAGUAGUGUUGUUUGACAUACGGCGCGGGAGCCAAGCGGUGUCGGCGUGCCCGCCGCACGUGGCGCACCGUGACAUGGUGCGUAAUGUGCUCUUCAUAAACAGCAAGUCCGGACUAGAAUUCUUUUCGGGCGGAGUCGAUGGUGCGUGUAAAUGGUGGGACGCGCGAAAUAUGUCCGAGCCUACUGAAGAAAUGAUUAUUGAUAUCGCGAAAUACACGUUUGAUGUUCCUAGCAUGGCAAAUGCUUACGGUAUUAGCACCAUGGAGUACGAAUUCACUAUCCCUACGCGAUUCAUGGUCGGAACAGACAACGGUUUCGUCAUUAACGCUAACCGGAAAGGAAAAACUCAACUGGAGAAACUCCCAAUCCAGUACCCAGCACAUACUGGCACGGUGCGGUCAUUGGAGCGCAAUCCGUAUUUUCUGAAAAAUUUCUUGACCGUGGGAGACUGGAGGCUGCACUUGUGGAGCGAGGAUUGCCACGACUCACCCGUGCUGUCGAUGCCACCGACACGACACAAAAUAACUUGCGCCACGUGGAGUCCCACGAAGUGUUCCCUGCUGCUGUGCACGGGCGCGGACGGCGUCAUCUCGGCGUGGGACCUCCUGCGCAGCCAGUGCAAACCCGUCCUUACGAUGUAUUUGGGCGACGACCCCCCUGUCAAAGUCAGGAUUCACGAACAGGGUUCGCUAGUAGCUGUUGGUACUCAAAAAGGCUCUAUUUUUAUGUUGGAACUAUCAGCAUCCAUGACUGCAUCUGAAAGAAACGAGAAAAAUCUCAUGUUGGCGAUAUUAGAACGCGAGACAAAGCGAGAAAAAAUUCUUGAAGCCCGGCUUCGUGAAAUCCGUUUGAAGCAGCGGCAAGCGGAGGAAGGCAGCCCCCGGCACAGUUUAGGCGUCGACGAUCCCUCGGCUGGUGACCGCGAUUUGGCCGAGGCCACUCAAGACUAUUUCAAUGUUGUCAAGAAGGAACUCGCUGCCAUGUAG